AUGCCAGAGGCCAACAACAAGGACAGGAAUCGCUACGAGCUUCAGUUCUACAAGACUCAGCAGUGCUCGUUCUAUGAAGCGGGCAAGUGCACACGCGGGGACAAGUGCAAGUACGCGCACGGUACAUCCGAGCUUCGAACACGUCCUGAUCUUACCUUUACGUCGCUUUGCCGUAAGCUUACAACAACGGGUGCGUGCGACGAUCCUUCCUGCUCCUUCGCUCACAACCCAGAGCAGCUUCGUGCAACGAAGAAGUUCUUCAAGACAUCACUCUGCAAGUUCUACCUGAACGGACGUUGCCGACAGGGCGAGGACUGCCGACAUGCUCACGGUGAAGAUGAGCUUCAGCCGCUGACAGCUCAAAAGCCUGCCCAGCAGGUGGGACUCUCGGCACCUCCAGGGCUGUCCCGUGAUGCAGGAGACUUUGACUUGAGCCGCACUUAUGCCGCCUCCGUCCUGUUGAAUGCCGCAGCUGCAGGCCUUGGAAUUUUGGAAUGUCGGUUGACUCCGGGUAGGCGCGAGCCUUCUAACACGGCGUAUGAUGCGUAUGUCAGGAGGAUACAAGGUGAGGCGUCGGAGACCCCGAGGCUCAUGCUGAGAAGUAAAGACGUUCAACAAAGCCUGACCAUCGAACCUAUGGCAGUCGCUGUUGGUGGCUGGGACGUCACGGCAAUUGGCCUGCUCCGCCUUUGGUACCAAGCCGAUCGCCACCGCCUCGGUUGGCAAGAGUUUGGCCACUUGUGGCACGUUGAACGGUUGCCCCGACGGCAGACGUUUUGCCCUUUGGGCCCUUUGUCCCUUCAGGCUCGCAUGUGGACUGGGAUACACCAGAUCGCGCUUGUAGAAGAUCGUUUGGAUUCCAGCAGUGUGUCCACCUUUGUGAGGUCGAACAUGUCCGAUGCGGCAGCUGGUAGAACUGAGAUGAUUGACUUUCCGGAGUCUUUCCGGCCUUUCGGCUGCCAGCUGUCCAUCUCACAGAGCGGUCGUAAAGUUGAGCUUUCGCACGCGCUGUAUCAAUUUUCUGUGGCGAACAACGCGCUUCGUCAACGAAGCUCUACACCAACACCUAUGCCUCUUUUGGUGGAUCCAGUGAAGACCUUGUUGGUGCGCCAGCCACCCGACAGGAUGUGGAUCAUGUGGCUUGAGCGCAUGUUGCUGUCACAUUAUGAGCCAAAGAUUCUCCUGCCGAGCACAGCAGGGGUGUAUCUCCCAUCCCAGGCAAAGCCUGCUGCGAACGGAGGCUACGGUGAGACAGAUCAAGUGGUGCAAGUCACUGGCAUGCUUCAUGCAUUCGCACUGAAGGAGAUCGAUGAUCGAGACGACGAGUUGAUCUAUCGGCAUGAGGUCUGGAGGAUGGAGCAUGAGCUGCAGGAGGCUAUGCCCAAGGUUUACACCCGGCUGAUGGAAUAUUGUAGGGCCUUGGACAACGAGCUUUGGGGCGAAAUCGAAGUGGGAGACCGCUUCUAUCCAGAAAUUGAGUACAUUCAGUAUGAUGUGGGCAAACUGGGAGAGGCUGGUACCAUUGAGCCCCACACGGACAACGAGUCCCAGGUCACAGUCGUCGUGCUCCUCUCUCAGCUGACAGAAUUUCAGGGUGGCCUCAAUUGCUUCGAACCUGGCUGGAAGGGAGGGGAAAGCCGCAGCGCGAGGCUUGGGACAGGUGAUGCCGCGUUUUUCUACGGGGACAAAUGCGAGCACUGGAUAACACCUGUGACGUCCGGCCACAGGACCAUCCUGCAAAUGGACGCACGGCAGCAUGCCAGGCCAUACAAGACAAAUCCUAAAGUCGUUCGCAACGGGGGAUUUCUGACUUGGGGCGUGGGGCGGAACCACCCACCCGGCCGCCCCCUCCAGGUAACACAGGACGCGGUUGCACCUUCAUACCCGCUUUACGCAAUCUCCUGGCUGUCGUGGUUCCCUCAUUCCCCAGUCCGGCCUGGACGGUCGAAGUGUGUGUGUUUUUUUUGGCAGUUCGGGUCAGGCAGAAGUUGGAAUCGCAGAGUAAGGGUUCGCCGAAGUCAUUCGAGGAGCGUUGACAUAGGCCUGGAAAUGAGCAACAGAUGGGUUCGUAGGGGGGGGGGGGGGUGGGUGCAGUGCCAGUGGGGGCAGUGA